GUCGACGCGUUCUUCAGUUAUCGCCCCGUGGUUGCCCUUCCUGCCAACUUCGACCAAUGGAGAUCGCAUGCACGGCAUGUGCUUGAUCGCACUGGGCAGGGUAUCACGCAGGAGGCGAAGGACCAGAUCUUGAAGUACGACAACAGCGACUGGACCUACAGAGGAGACGGCUCCAAGGAUAUCAUACAUUUUUGCCCCAUCGACUGCGAUUGCGGACGGACACGGCAAGGUGCGCUUUCCAAGAUGAAGGCCGUGAUCAAGAUUAGCAUUGGAGCCAAUUGCCCACUUGCUUUAGAGUACCGAUGGAAGCACAUGGAGAAGGCGAAUGCUUGGUGUUAUCGAGGCCAUCCUGGCGCGAGGCAGACAGUCAAAGCGGGCAUGAUCAUUGAUUACAUGACGAAGGACCCGCUCGGCCUUAGCCAUCGGAAAGUCCUCACGCUGCAAGGCCCCAUGCAAGUGUUCCUUGAUUACGUGUUCAAGUGCGAGGCGGUCACCACCAAGUUCACAAAUCAGGCGUGUGCUGUUCCUGGGGCCUCUGCGGCUAUCGAUGGUUCAAUUCUGUCGUCAGUGCAUGCGGCGCUCAUGGAGUCUUGUCGAUACAACUUGGCAGUUUUGUCGGGCUCCAGGGGGCGCAAAGUCAUCAUCAGCCAAGCUGCUGCCGUCAGGGACUUCGGCCACGCCAUGUGGGACGACAUCAGGCGCUCUUGUACGAGGCAAGGCUUGUUCGAGUUAUGCUUACUCCUGCUUCGUAGCAUGGGGGUGGCGUGGCGCCGUCUCGUGCACUACUUUGGGCAGCCUAAGUUCCAACUUCUUCAGGUAUGCGGAGACCUCGUGACCGACUUGGAGAUCGACAGGAUCGUGGCGCCUCUUCGCGAGAAGAAGGCUCGUUGCGAGAAAUGCCUUGAUCCCUUUACUGAUGUGUGGUUGAGUCGGCUAUGCGACGAGGAGUGCCGACUGAAGGCGCAAGAGGCCCUGCGUCUUCAGAUCGCCUCCACGCCCGUGUCCAGCGUCGCCGUCGAGAAGAAGCACCUGCUCGGCCAGGAGAUCCGCAAGCCCAAGAGUAGGGGCAGAGCAGUUCAGGGUGCACAGCUCGUCAGGCAGACGCACCACAAGCUCACCAUGAAGGUAAACGCCCAGAAGACCAGCGACAUCCAGAACAGAGUUUUGAAGACCGCUGCGGCUCGGAGAUCGUUUGGUAGACUUGCGAGCUCGUUGUCAUUAUCUCGGAGGGGCGUCACCGAUAGAGCGAAGGAAGCAAAACGAUACAUGCGUCAACCCAGGGCUGGUCUUACGAGGAUGUCUGCGUGGUCUCUGUACAAGCACAUCAAUUGGACACGGGGCGUGAAGCCCUUCGGAGCCGCAGGAGCUGCUGAGCAGCAACGUUUGUCCCGUGACUUCAAGAACAUCACGCCGGCCACCAGGGCGCACUACGACGCCAUGGCGGCACGCGGCACCACUGACAGGGAGAG